GGCGGAGAUAAGUUGCCGACUACAAAUACAACACGCUCAAGCUCUUCGAGAGAUUACAUCCAAGGAUAAACGGCUUUAGGAGACAAAGAAAACGCAGGAGGACUAUACUUUUAUACAGCUGUGCAGAAAUCCGAUCCAACCAUGAGUAAGGACACCGAGAUCGACAUGAAAGAAGUGGAGCUCAACGAGCUGGACCCGGAGAAGCAGCCCAUGACCGGGGACGGCCAGGCUGCAGCCGGGGAGAAGAACGGCAGCGUCAAGCUGAAGGUCCCCGAGGACGAGGUCACGUUCACCGGCCUGUCCAAAGAGGAGCUGAUGAAGGUCGCCGGCACUCCAGGGUGGGUGCGAACACGAUGGGUGCUUCUCGUCCUGUUCUGGCUGGGCUGGGUCGGCAUGCUGGCCGGAGCCAUCGUGAUCAUCGUCCAGGCCCCACGCUGCAAACCCAUCCCGGAGAUGAACUGGUGGAACGAAGGACCCCUGUACCAAGUACCCGACGUCGAUGCCUUUUCCGGAGGAUUGAAAGAAUUUGCAGAGAAGUUGGACAGCCUGAACCAGUUGAAGGUGAAAGGUUUGGUUCUCGGCCCUCUUCAUACCGUGCAGGCCGACAAUGAGAACACUCUCAAUCUGCAAGCGAUCAACCCGGUCAAAGGGAAGGAAGAAGACCUGAAGGCUGUGGUGGAGAAGGCCCAGAGGAAAGGCAUUUCUGUGGUGCUUGACCUGACUCCAAACUACGAGGGCGCCAAACCCUGGUUCUCAUCCCGUCUCGAGGACACAAUGGAGAAAGUCAUGGUCGCAGCUGAGUACUGGCUAAAUUUGGGUGUGGACGGUAUCAAGAUAUCUGACCUGACUGUUCCCUCCGAGUCCUCGGACUGGUCCAGACUACGUGCUGCUGUUCAGGGAAACCGGACUGACGAUGCCAAGAAGAAGCUGCUGAUGGGAGCUGUUGAAGGUAUUUCUCCUUCGGAGGUGGCGGGGCUGGUGAACAAUACCGGUACAGAUUUGGUUCUGUCUGACCUGCUCAGCACCAAGACUAAAGGUGUGGAGCGUAUCCAGGCCCUGAACGCCCUCCACUCCCAGCAGAGAAGCAUCGGCUGGGCCGUCGGCGCCGCCCAGCACAGCAAUCUGGCCAACCUGGGCAACUCCUCCGCCCUGAUCCGUCUCCACCAGCUUCUGGUGUUCACGGCACCCGGAACCCCGGUCUUCACAUACGGCGAUGAAAUCGGCCUGCAGGCAGAACAGGGUUCAAAAUAUCCUACGAUGGUCUGGGACAUUGAAAAGGAGCCCGAUGAGAACUCCGUCAACACGGCCGCAGAGGCCGUCCGUAAGGAGCGCCUUGCCCUGAGGAAGUGGUUCAAAGCCCUCAGCGACCUGCGGGUCAAGGAGCGCUCGCUCCUGCACGGAGACUACUACCCCCUGCACUCCUCGCCCUCCUCGCUGGCGUUCCUGCGCUCGUGGGAUCAGAGCGAGAGGUUCAUCACGGCGGUCAACUGGGGCGAGCAGAGCGAGACGCUGGCGCUAAAGCUGGCGCCGACAGUCUCUGAAGAAGAAAUGCAGCUGCCGGCGACCGCACAAGUCAAGAUCUCCUCAGACGAAGACAUGGCGGAGGAGUCCAGCGUAGAGCUCAGCAAAGUCACGCUGAAACCCGGACAGGCCGUCCUCCUGCAGUUCCCCUACACCGGCUGAAGAUGGCGCCACACUGUAGUCAAGUGUUUAGAAAAUAAUGGGGGUUUACUACAGUUAAACAGAACUUUUUUCUUUUUUUUUAUUGUCAGGAUAAACUGGGUCGAAGAAAAUCUUCCACUGAAAUGUUAAAGCGCAGGCCAGUAACAGCGUGUUUGGAUUUUGAAUCAUUUUUAAAAGAUUUUGUUUGGGUUUUUUUUUUUUUUUUUUCUAAGGAAAAUUUGAGAAUUUUUCUUUCUUUUUUUUUAAAUGACAUUUUAUUGUUGACUCGGUUCAUUGUCAGCAUGUGAAAGACAUUCCACUCUUGCUUUUUGGGCAUUUUAUUUUCAAUUUGAUGAAUGUAUAAGUUUGGGUUUUAGGAGAUGUUUCAAGUUCUUUUAUGGCCUUUUUCGCCUCACUGAAAGAAACUGGUUUAAAAAAAAAAAGUGAGAUAACUUUGAUCAUGGCGAACUGAAGUGGAGAAGAAUAAAAGUUCUGUGACUA